GCCCUCCAGCCCUCCAGCCCUCCAGCCCUCCAGCCCUCCAGCCCUCCAGCCCUCCAGCCCUCCAGCCCUCCAGCCCUCCAGCCCUCCAGCCCUCCAGGUCUCCAGGUCUCCAGACCAUGGCUCCUUGGCCCGAGUUGGAAAAUGCCCACCCCAACCCCAAUAAAUUCAUCGAAGGGGCCUCAGGUCCACAGUCUAGCAUACCAGACAAAGACAAGGGGACCAGCAAAACAAAUGACAGCGGGACUCCUGUAGCCAAGAUUGAACUUCUACCCUCAUAUUCCGCCCUGGUUCUCAUAGAGGAGCCCCCUGAGGGGAACGACCCCUGGGACCUGCCUGAACUCCAAGACAAUGGGAUCAAAUGGUCAGAGAGAGACUCCAAAGGGAAGAUUCUCUGCAUUUUCCAGGGGAUUGGGAAAUUCAUCCUUCUCCUGGGGUUUCUCUACUUGUUUGUGUGCUCCCUGGAUGUACUCAGUAGUGCCUUCCAGCUUGUUGGAGGAAAAAUGGCCGGCCAGUUCUUCAGCAACAACUCCAUUAUGUCUAAUCCUGUGGCUGGACUUGUGAUAGGGGUGCUGGUGACAGUCAUGGUGCAAAGCUCCAGCACGUCCUCGUCAAUCAUCGUCAGCAUGGUUGCCUCCUCCUUGCUGUCAGUCCGCGCUGCCAUCCCCAUCAUCAUGGGUGCUAACAUCGGGACCUCCAUCACCAACACGAUUGUGGCACUUAUGCAGGCAGGAGACAGAAAUGAGUUCAGAAGGGCAUUUGCAGGAGCUACUGUCCAUGACUUCUUCAACUGGCUCUCUGUGUUGGUGCUCUUACCUCUGGAGGCUGCCACCCAUUACCUGGAGAAACUGACCAACCUUGUGUUGGAAACCUUCAGCUUCCAGAAUGGAGAAGAUGCCCCAGACAUUCUGAAAGUCAUAACAGACCCCUUCACAAAGCUCAUCAUCCAGCUGGAUAAAAAAGUCAUCCAACAAAUUGCAAUGGGUGACUCAGAAGCCCAGAACAAGAGCCUGAUCAAGAUCUGGUGUAAAACUAUAAGCAAUGUGAUUGAGGAGAAUGUCACUGUCCCCUCGCCUGAUAACUGCACCUCUCCUUCAUAUUGCUGGACUGAUGGCAUACAGACCUGGACCAUCCAGAAUGUGACCGAGAAGGAGAACAUUGCUAAAUGCCAGCACAUCUUCGUGAAUUUCAGCCUCCCAGACCUCGCUGUGGGCAUCAUCCUGCUCACUGUCUCCCUGCUGAUCCUUUGCGGCUGUCUGAUCAUGAUUGUCAAACUGUUGGGUUCUGUGCUCAGGGGACAGGUUGCCACUGUCAUCAAGAAGACCCUUAAUACUGAUUUCCCCUUUCCCUUUGCCUGGCUGACUGGCUACCUGGCCAUCCUUGUGGGGGCAGGCAUGACCUUCAUAGUGCAAAGCAGCUCUGUGUUCACUUCUGCCAUGACGCCACUCAUCGGUAUUGGGGUGAUCAGCAUCGAGAGGGCAUAUCCACUCACGCUGGGCUCCAACAUUGGCACCACCACGACUGCCAUUCUGGCUGCCUUGGCCAGCCCAGGCAACACAUUGAGGAGUUCCCUCCAGAUUGCCCUGUGCCAUUUUUUCUUCAACAUCUCUGGAAUAUUGCUGUGGUACCCAAUCCCAUUCACCCGUCUGCCCAUCCGUCUGGCUAAAGGCCUGGGCAACAUCUCUGCCAAGUAUCGCUGGUUCGCAGUCUUCUAUCUCAUCUUCUUCUUCCUCCUGACCCCGCUGACAGUGUUUGGCCUGUCCCUGGCUGGCUGGCCAGUGCUGGUGGGCGUGGGUGUGCCCAUCAUUCUGCUGAUCCUCCUGGUCCUGUGCCUCCGGAUGCUGCAGGCCCGCUGCCCUCGCAUCCUGCCCCUGAAGCUCCGGGACUGGAAUUUCCUACCCUUGUGGAUGCACUCUCUGAAACCCUGGGACAACAUCAUCUCCCUGGCCACCUCCUGCUUCCAGAGGCGCUGUUGCUGCUGUUGCCGUGUGUGCUGCCGUGUCUGCUGCAUGGUGUGUGGCUGCAAGUGCUGCCGCUGCAGCAAGUGCUGCAAGAACCUGGAGGAGGAGGAAAAGGAGCAGGACGUCCCAGUCAAGGCUUCUGGGGGCUUUGACAAUACAGCUAUGAGCAAAGAAUGCCAAGAUGAGGGCAAGGGCCAAGUGGAAGUUCUGGGCAUGAAGGCCCUGUCCAACACUACAGUGUUCUAGGAGCACCUAGGAGUCAGGGGUGCCUCCCUCCCAUAAGACAGAACAGAGAUGUAGACUGUGAACAUGGCCCACAGAUGACCACAUCCACCCAUGGCCUAUAAUGCCUUCAAAGUCCAUCCUCACCCAAAGACAUUAAGAGGGAGGCAUUAGGGAAGGUUCUGGAAAGAUCCAAUGUAAAGAGUAUUUGUAAAUAUAUGUACAAAGCAGUUGUUUCUUGGUAUAAAACCUCAGCCACAUCUCUCAUUUUAUAAGUCCACUCCUACCCAAUAACUUCUCCUACUCACCCCUGCCCCAGAGCAGCCAAGUUCAAACACACUGAAUGUUUGUAGCCCAUAGGUGUGAGCCUUUCUAGCUCACACUGCAGGGCAUGUUCUAUUAAGGCAUCGUCUGGUAUAGUCAGGCCAAGCAGCUGACCACAGUGUCCUCUGAAGUCCGUGGUGCUCAGCUUCCUAGGAUGGAGUGAAUGGGGUUCACGACGUGUUUGGCACAUUGUUGGUUUUUCUAUGCCUAGGGCUGGACUAGAAUAGGAGACAUUGUUGCUACAUAUUUCUGAUGGAACUUGUAAGACCUGUGUCCCAGGCCUUCUCUCCAUUGCUACUGCCUGGGUCAUCUGCUGGUGAAGGGUCUGCCUAUCUUUCUCUUUUGUGCAAGGAGACUUUCCGGGCCAGCUUUUCAUGCUCUGUUUCAUCCACCCCCUCACCCUCCUGCUCAUGUAUUCAUUUCAAACCCAUCGUCUUACACAGAUGAGCUUCCUACCCCUUCCAUGCCUACAAAGUUCCAAGGGAUUGCUUAGGAGGGAGGAGAUGGGAAAUGGCUAAAAUGCCCUUAGAAUCAAGAUGAAGCCAGUAAGUAGGGUUGGGAGUGUGCAUGUGGGAGCCUGUAUGGCACAGGAUGCCAUAGUCAUACGCUGUGCUCAUGUGCAGUCCCCAUGGUGGCUCUGCAAGCAUUCCCAUCCCAUCCCCCUCCCCACAAGAACGGGCCUCAGCUUGACUUGGGUCAGGCUGUGUGGUUCCACGGCCAUCCUCUUCCAUCAUACUGCAUGGGAAGAGGCUGAGGGCCAGCCCGAGCCCCUCUGUAGAUAAACGUUCCCCAAGAGCCAUUUAUGCGGCAUAAUUUAUAGCCAUGCAUCUGUACAGAAUACUUCAUAACUUAUAGUAAAUAGUGACUUGUUUUAUAGUGUCUCAUUUGGAAAUGAGGCAGGGUUCUUUUAUGUACUGUGAACAGAAAGAACACCUUUGUAUAUUUUGUAAUACUGCCUUUAAACACAACUCUCGAGGUCAUGCUACACCUCCCCCUGUAAAUAUGUAAGGUACACCCCAGGAAGUGGCUUUGCCCUCUGUUGAUUACUUUUUUUAAAAAAAAUGGGAUCUUUGUUUCUGUGUUAAUUGUAUUUUUUUAAAACGGGUUGAGGGAAGGGAGAAAUACGCACCCCCGCCCCCAAGUACUGCUUCCAAUUGCAGGGUGCUGUAAACAAGAGAGGUGUAUUUCCUUACUCAAACCUCACCAUACACCACCAUGGGAAGCUGUAGUUUUUGGGGUUCCCAGUGACACUGGGACACAGAGAGGACUUAGUCCCACCUUCACUCAGCCUUCUCUUUCCCUGGUCUUGUGGACUAGCUACUGAGAGCUAUGCUAAGUAAAGCAUAGCAUUUUGUGGUUAAUGAAUCUUACCGGGUUUGGAAGCUGAUUUUUGAAGCUGUAUGCAGGUUAUCUUUUCAGUCUUGUUUUAAAAAUCAAUUCCACCUGUAAGAGAGAAGGGGAGGGGGGCAGUGAGUGGGAUGUAAAGUGAAAAAGAAAAAUAAAAAAUAUUAAUUCCAAUAUGGUAAA